GCAGCAAAGGUUACUUGGGACGUCAUUACGUGUGACGUCCGGACGCACCAGGAAGUGAUUCGGGCGGCUAGCUCAGGGCUAGCUGGGAGAAAUGAAUCUACAACAUCUGAAAAACAUUUCUGUGUAUUUUCACAGACUACAACAGGAUUAACAUUUUGUCCACGCACUCGUGAGGUGCACAGACAUACAAAGCAACAAGAAUGGGCCAACGAAGGAGAGCGGCUGCUGUGAAUAACCCUUCAUCUCAGAGGAUCUCUGGGGCUCCUGCAGAGGUCGGUGGGGUCCCCAGCAGGAAGCACAACAUCUGCAUGGUGUCUGACUUCUUCUAUCCGAACAUGGGAGGAGUGGAAAGUCACAUUUACCAGCUAUCCCAGUGUUUGAUCGAAAAGGGACACAAGGUGGUAAUUGUCACCCAUGCCUAUGGCAGGAGGAAGGGUGUCAGGUACCUGACCAACGGACUGAAGGUCUACUACCUCCCCCUGCAGGUGAUGUACAACCAGUCCACAGCCACCACCUGCUUCCACAGUCUCCCACUGAUGCGCUGUGUGUUUGUAAGGGAACGCAUCACUGUGGUGCAUGCACACAGCUCUUUCUCUGCCAUGGGUCAUGAUGCACUUUUCCACGCCAAGACCAUGGGCCUUAACACGGUGUUCACUGACCACUCACUCUUCGGCUUUGCUGAUGUGAGCUCCGUACUGACCAACAAGCUUCUGACUGUGUCGCUGUGUGACACCAACCACACUGUGUGCGUGUCGUACACCAGUAAGGAGAACACAGUGCUCCGUGCGGCGCUCAACCCAGAGAUCGUGUCUGUUAUUCCCAACGCUGUAGACCCUACGGACUUCACCCCUGACCCCUCCCAGCGCCAAGAUGACAGGAUCACUAUUGUUGUGAUCAGCCGCCUUGUGUACCGCAAAGGAAUCGAUCUUCUUGGUGGAAUAAUCCCAGAGCUCUGCCUCAAACAUCCAGAUCUGCACUUUCUUGUCGGUGGAGAGGGACCGAAGAGACUUGUGCUGGAAGAAGUGAGAGAGAAAUACCAACUACAUGACAGGGUGCGUCUGUUGGGGGCUUUGGAGCACAAAGAUGUGCGUGGGGUUCUGGUGCAGGGUCACAUCUUCCUCAACACAUCACUGACUGAAGCGUUCUGCAUGGCCAUUGUAGAAGGAGCCAGCUGUGGACUGCAGGUGGUUAGCACUCGUGUCGGGGGCAUUCCUGAAGUGCUACCCGAAGACCUAAUUACCAUGUGUGAGCCUAAUGUGCGCUCGUUGUGUGCUGGUCUGGAGACAGUGAUCGAUCGGCAGCGCUCAGGGUCUGUCCCCUCCCCCGCCUCUAUCCAUGCACGUGUGCAAAACCUCUACACCUGGAGAAACGUUGCUGAGAGGACUGAAAAGGUGUACGACCGAGUGGCCAGAGAGGAGGUGCUUCCCUUGGACAGACGCUUACGGAGACUGAGGGCUCACUGCGGCCCCGUGGCUGGCACCAUCUUUGCAUUUUCCGCUGUUUUAGACUUCAUAUUCCUGCUGAUCCUGCAGUGGCUGGUGCCAGAUCGGAACAUGGACGUCGCUGUGGACGCCACCGGCCCUCAGGGACUUUGGAGACAUGAGCCACCCAGUGGUAAAGUCAGAGCUCAUUCUAAAAGUGCCAUGAACUGAGCAAGGACAAGAAAUGUCAGCACAGUGAUCACUCCACACCUCUGCCUCAUUUAUAGCUGCUUACAUGGUGAAUACAUUCUCUUUGAAACGUGGCUACUGAAGGCAGAAUGUGCUCAGUGAAACCCCAGAACAUUGUUUACAUUUGCUUAUCAAAGGGACCUUGUGUGAAAGCAUUUUAUGUAAGAUGGGAAUUUUUUAUAUUUAAUGAUUAUAAUGGAAACCUGCGGCGCUCCUUGAAGCUUUAAAGAGUUGUUUUGUUUUGUUGAAUUCAUAAAGCUGAUUGCAACCACUAAACAUGCACAAAUAAGAAGUUCACCUCUAACUGUGCUGCCAAGCAAAUAGUGUCUCAAUGUUCUGUGCUAUUUGCACUUAUUUAAAUUGGGUAAGAUGCAUACAUUUGGUGCAAAGUUGUUCCCUUUCUUUGCAAAUCAG